ACCGGAAGACAGAAGGUUUCCUUCCUCUUUUGUCAUUGUCGGUCAAGUUUCUCUCCCCUCUAUCAGCCUCUUUCUUCUUCUGCAUUCCUAGCAAAACCUCCAAAACCUCCAUUAAAGAACUUGAAACGGCACCAGAAUGUCUGAUCGAAGUUUCGUGAAACUCUAAUCUACUUGGGGCCCUUCUAUAUCAAGGCAACCAUUUUGGGCCAGACGUAUAUAAUUUUGGGUAUUUUGCAUAUUUUAAAUCAGAGAAAGAUAUACCUGCUUGGCGGGUCGGACCCAGGUGCAAUUGACCCAUCGGCGGUGAAAUCUCAAUUGGGAAGGAGCAAAGUGAAGUUCGUCGGGCUGGAUUGUGAAAGGUGACGACGAACCUCAGAAGAGAGGGGGACUGGGGCUGCUUGUGGUGGUAGUGGCGGUCGGCGUCGUGGUGGUGAAGAAGAAGAGCGGUGAUGACACCAGUCCACCAGCCGUCCCUAGAGUAAUCAUCGACGACGUCGCCUAGGUCAAACUAGGGUUCAGAAGAAGGAGGGUCAGGAGGAAGAUUGGGCAUACCGGCACUUCAAUUGUCUCGACAACUGGUCUGAUGGGCAGCCAUAGGAGUAGCAGCAGCAGGUGGCGAAUAUCCUCAUCCAAGUCCAGUCUUAGACAUCAAAAGAAGAAGAAGAAAAUCACUGAGGAUGAUAUUGCCGAGUACUUGGCAAAGAAAGCUCAAAAAAGGGCAGCAAAAGUUGCAAAGAAAUUGAAGGCACAGAAUAUUUCUGGAUAUGGUAAUGAUUCAAAUCCAUUUGGAGAUUCCAAUCUAAAUGAAAGAUUUGUGUGGCGAAAGAAGAUUGAACAAGAUAUCACCCAAGGCAUGCCACUUGAAACAUUUUCAUUAAAGGCAGAGAAAAAGAGACAAAGAGAAAGAAUGGCAGAGAUUGAAAAGGUGAAGAAAAGAAGGGAAGAAAGGGCUAUCGAGAAGGCACAGCAUGAGGAAGAAAUGGCAUUAUUAGCAAGGGAACGUGCUCGAGCUGAAUUUCAAGACUGGGAGAAGAAAGAAGAAGAGUUCCAUUUUGAUCAAAGCAAGGUUAGGUCAGAGAUACGGUUGCGAGAAGGCCGCACUAAGCCGAUUGACAUUCUUACUAAGCAUCUCAAUCCUUCAGAUGACUUGGAUAUAGAAAUAAAUGAACCAUACAUGGUCUUCAAGGGUUUAACAGUAAAAGAAAUGGAAGAACUUCAUGAAGACAUUAAAAUGCAUCUUGACUUGGACACGUCAACGCCAACACAUGUCCAGUAUUGGGAGGCACUGCUGGUGGUUUGUGAUUGGGAACUAGCUGAAGUUCGGAAAAAGGAUGCUUUGGAUCGAGCCAGAGUGCGUGGAGAGCGACUACCUCCUGAGUUACUUGCUGAAGAGAGGGGAAUGCAUUCAAGCAUUGAGGCAGAUGUCAAGAGGCUCCUACAAGGGAAAUCCUACGGCGAACUAGAAGCUCUACAGUCUCAGAUUGAGGCACAGAUGCAGUCUGGUACAGCUAAGGUGGUUGAAUAUUGGGAAUCUGUUCUUAAACGUCUCCACAUCUUCAAGGCUAAGGCUUGUCUGAAGGAAAUCCAUGCCAAAUUGCUACGCAAGCAUUUACAGCGCCUUGAGAAACCUUUGGAAGUUGGAGAUAGUGAAAGAGAGUUGACUCCACAGCCUGACGAGGAAGAUGCCAGUAGUGAUGGAAAAGGUGUUGAAACACUCUCUCCUGAACCUAUAAUGCGUCAAGAGACUCCAGAGUUGGAUGAAGAGGCUGGAUCAUAUUCGCCGCAGUUGAUUCAUGGCGAUGAAAAUGAAGAAGCAAUUGACCCAGAAGAGGAUAUGGCUAUACUGGAGAGGAAGCGUAUGGCUGUCUUGGAAGAAAGGCGUCUCCAAGAAUUGACUGUAAGGCCUACUCCUCCUGAUGAUAACUUCGAGAAGAAAGCCAUGAAAGCAAUGGGAGCCAUGGAGGAAGGUGAUGCAGUAUUUGGCUUGAAUGACGAAAUAAAUCUUGAUUCACAGGUCUAUUGGUGGCAUGAUAAGUACCGCCCAAGAAAGCCGAAGUAUUUCAAUCGUGUCCAUACUGGUUAUGAGUGGAAUAAAUACAAUCAAACCCACUAUGAUCACGAUAACCCACCCCCGAAGAUUGUACAAGGCUACAAAUUCAACAUUUUCUAUCCAGAUCUUGUUGAUAAAGGGAAAGCUCCAACUUAUGCCAUCGAGAAGGAUGGCGACAGUUCAGAGACCUGCAUCAUCAGGUUCCAUGCAGGGCCACCUUAUGAAGACAUUGCAUUCCGGAUAGUUAACAAGGAAUGGGAGUAUUCACACAAGAAAGGGUUCAAGUGCACAUUUGAACGUGGAAUACUGCAUUUGUACUUCAACUUCAAACGAUAUAGAUACCGGAGGUGAUCCUUGGCUGUCUAUUUGGAACAAGAAAUGCUGCAUCAUAAUUUUCAUGUUCUUGAAAAUUUUGUAGUACCAUGGUUUACAUGUUUUUGCCAGAGAGUAAAUAUUGAUCCGUCUGAAAGUGUAGAAGCUGAAUGUUUAAUAUUGGUUGUAAAACACAGUAUUAGUAAUUUGCCAUUUCAAAGAAACUCCAAUUUAUUUUCUUCA